GUCUCUUGGGCUACAGCGUCUUUUGAUACCUGACGAACAGAUCCAUGCCUCCUCUUGGAUGCCCGGUAGAAGUGAUCCGUGGUAUGGAAGGCUUGGAAACGAAUCAAAAAAGAGCUGGUGUGCAACAACCCUUGAUAUAAACCAGUUUCUUCAGAUUGACUACGGACCAAAUUUACGUAGGUUCACAGGGAUUGUUACCCAGGGCAGCCAUAACUACGAUCAUUGGGUUACAUCAUACACCCUUUCGCACAGCAUGGACGGCAACAACUGGAUCCAGUACAAAGAAAGUGGAGUAGAAAAGGUGUUUACAGGCAACAAUGAUAGGACCACGAACGUAUACCAUCUUCUCAACAAAUCAAUCAAUGCAACAUUUUUGCGUUUUCAUCCAAAAACCUGGAACGUUGAAAUUUGUAUGAGAGUUGAAGCAUAUGGAUGUGAUGCCUUCUCUCAGCCUCUUGGUCUUGAAAAUGGUAAUGUUCCAGACGCAAACAUGAGAUCUAGAUCAGAUGUAAGCUACGAGUAUGCAAAGUAUGCUCGGCUUAAUAAUGUCAAAGCAUUAAGAGCUUCAGUCACUAAUUUAGAGUUCCUUGAGAUUAACCUUGGAGAGACUUUGAAAGUUAUAACUGCAGUUGCAACCCAAGGACAUGGAUCCAGAAAAGAAUGGAUAAAAGAAUACUCCCUAAGCUACAGUUUAGAGGCAGCGGAAUGGUUCAAUUGUAUGGAGCAUGGCGAAGAGAAGAUGUUCGUAGGAAAUUCAGAUCAGCACACAGUUGUUAAGCAUGUACUUACUCAUAACAUCACAGCUCUUUUGGUCAGGUUUCACUUCAUUCAGUAUUAUUUCUAUCCUUCUAUAAGAGUAGAACUCUACGGAGGCGAAGUUUGCAGUGACCCAUUUGGUAUGGAAAACAACCAGAUCCCAGAUAGCAGUAUUAGCGCAACUGCAAACUCAGGAAUUGGUAAAGAGGCUAAAAACGCCCGACUGAACAACGCAGCAGCUUGGUGCGGGGUUACUAACCAAGACUAUCUUCAAAUCGACCUUGGAAGAGUUCGUAAACUGCACAAAGUGGCUACCCAAGGACAUCCCUCCCUGAAACAGUGGGUCACCAAAUUUGCGUUUCAUUACAGCUUGGACAAUGUUCACUGGUAUCAGUACGAGCGGACUGAGGAUGUUAAACAGUUCACCGCCAACACCGAUCAAAAAACCAUUGUUUACACUAAGCUAAACAAAAUCCGUCAAGCACGUUAUGUGAGAUUUCAACCCAUUACCUGGAAUACAGGAGCUUGUAUGAGAGUCGAGAUUUAUGGAUGCGAAGACUGUAUCGAGCCGCUUGGGGCUGAAAGAGGCCUGAUUCCAGAUUCUGCUCUAACAGCAUCUUCGUGGUAUGAUAUAGACCACGAGCCAUGGCUUGGUCGCUUGUACGAGACCAGAGGAGAAAAGGCGUGGUGUGCUAAAACAAACGAUGGUAAUCAGUACCUUCAAGUGGAUCUGGGUUACCUGUCUCGAGUGACCGGUGUAGCUACCCAAGGAAGGAAUCGCCAUUCAUGGUGGGGCUUGAAACAGCCCGCCUGGGUUACUGCGUAUAAGCUGAGCUUGAGUAAUCAUACUGUUGUAUGGACCGUAUAUCAGGAAGAUGGUGCAAAUGAUAAGGUGUUUAUUGGGAAUUUAGCUUCCUAUGAUGUCGUACGACAUCCUCUUAUUAAUCAGAAAGUCACUCGUUACUUGAGAUUUAUUCCAACGACCUGGGAAAUAUGGACAUGUAUGCGUGUAGAGAUCUAUGGAUGUAAAGACUGUGAUUAUCCUUUGGGUAUGGAAUUUUAUCACAUCAAAAGAGAAGCAAUCCUGGAAUCUUCUGGCAAGUAUUUAUCAAGAUCUCUUCAAACUGGAAUACCUCGUUCGGCAAGACUGAACUUUGACAAUGUUCAUGGCUGGGUUUCGGCCACUUCGAAAGAACAUGUUUUUCUGGAAAUUGAUUUAGGAGUUGAGAGAGUGUCUGUGACGGCAGUUGCUUCUCAAGGCGAUGGUGUUAAAGAAAGGGGUGUUUAUGAAUAUGCAUUGUCAUUUAGUACUGACAGAUUAGACUGGUUUGAUUACAGAGAAGAAUGGCAGACAAAGGUAUUUAAAGCAAGUAAAUCUCGUUACCAAGCAACAAAAAGAUAUCUGAAACAGCCAGUUAUCACUCGUUACGUUAGAUUUUGGCCCAAACUGUACAUUGAAUUAGUUAUCAUGAGGGUCGAGGUGUUUGGCUGCAGAGGAUGCUCGCAGUUAUUGUCACUUCUGGCUCCAAGUGUUAUCGACUCCACCAAGUUCUUCACCGGAUCUAACACGUCCAUGGUAUCAUGGAACCAGCAAGUACGACUUAAUGACGCUGAGCCCGCGAAUACCUGGUGUGGCAGCGGUAAAGAUGGUGAAUUUUUCCGUUUGAACUUUGGGACAUUGAAAGAAGUACGAAGUAUUUACAUCCAAGGACAUCCAACUGAUGCCAAAUGGGUGAAAGAGAUUUCUAUGAGAUACAGUACUGAUGGUAUUUUCUUUAAGACUUAUUCAGGAUAUUAUCAUAAAAAGGUAUUCGAGGCAAACACAGAUAAUCAAAACAUUACAGUGGUGAAUCUAAGUCCAAAACUUGUAGCUCUCAUCCUGGAUAUCUAUCCAAAGACAUGGAAUAACAUUCCUUGUAUGAGGAUUGAAGUGUAUGGGGAUCAAGAUUGCUUUGAUCCAAUUGGAAUGGAAAAUCACUUGGUACCCAAUGAAGCCAUUACAGCAACAGGCUGGAUAUCAGUAGACCACAACCCGUCACAAGCUAGACUCAAAAACAUCCAUGGGCAAGGAGCCUGGUGCUCUCAUGUCAACGAUGCACAUCAGUUCCUUGAAAUAAAGCUUAGUCGCCUACAUCAUAUCACACGUGUUGCCACACAGGGAAGGUAUCCAGUUCCCGGUUGUGAAGUUGGUGACGCCUGGGUGACGCAGUAUUCAAUAGAAUACAGUAAAGAUGGAUUUUCUUGGCAAUUUUAUCAAGAGAACGGAGUAAAUAAGGUUUUUACUGCGAACCAGGAAAUGAUAAACGUCGUCUCUAAUGAUUUUUUGAAUCCAAUACUUGCUAUAAAAGUACGCAUUCGUCCUGUACAAUGGAACCGAAAAAUCUGCUUGCGGGUCGAACUGUAUGGAUGUAAAGGUUUCUUCAGUCCUGUGGGAAUGGAAAACAACGAUAUUCCAGACGGCAAUAUUAUGGGCGAAGUGCAUGAAGAAAGAAAACAUUACAGACUAAACCUCCCCUAUCAGCCCAAGUUAACAGGAUCGAGUUAUACUCAGGACGGGACUGAUCAUUUUGUAAGGAUAACUUUUGGAUACAUUCCAUUCAUGGUAACGGGGAUUGCAAUGCAAGGAAGAAACAACGAAGAUCAAUACGUGAUCAAUUAUGUACUUUUGUUCAGUCGUGAUUUAGGGGAAUGGUUCAAUUACGUAGAAGACGGCGAAACCAAAGUCCUUUCUGCUGCUAAAUAUGACGAUAAUAUCGGAAUAGUGGUAAAGCAAUUUAGAUAUGAAGUGAAGGCAAGGGCCGCGAAAGUCAUCAUCAAGCUUUUUUCACGAAUCCCGGCUUUUCGUGUCGAGUUUUAUGGAUAUCCUGUUGACAACGCAGCCCUUGGAAUGUCGUCUGGAGCCAUUCCCGACUCCGCUAUCACCGCUUCUAGCUUCAAAACAGGGUACGAACCGAAUAAAGCAAGGCUCAAAGCUACAGGACACGACAACUGGUGCGCAGAUGAACCGAUUGUGAACGAAUUUAUCAAGGUGGGCAUUGGUAGGAUGGUGGUUGUGACAGAGAUUGCUUUAGGGGGUGGUUUACAAAAUGGUGAUGGAAGAGUCAGCAAGUACACGGUAUCUCACAGUGUAGAUGGAAAGAUUUGGGAAGUGUAUCAUGGUGAAGAAGAGCUUUACAACGAGGGUUUCCUGAUGGCCAACAAUGCUUUAGAAGGUGAAAAGAAAACGCUUCGAUUUCCAUUCAGAGCCCGUUAUGUAAAAGUAAUUCCAAACACGUUUCAUGGCCCAGUUCCAUGCUUGACGCUCGAGCUUUACGGAAAAGAAGAUUGCGAAGACAUGGUUGGAGUAUCCGACUGGAAAAUACCUAAAACUGCCAUGACCGCUUCCUCGUCGAUAAGUGGCAAUUACCCGCCGUGGAUGGCUAGGUUGGGUUCCUCAGACUUCGGGGGAGCUUGGUGUGCAAGGUUAAACGAUGCCAAUCAGUUCCUCCAAGUCGAUCUUCUCUCAAAACACAAAAUCACGAAAAUUAAAAUCCAAGGCAAAGGAUCUCAGACUGAUUUGCCUACCAUACCCGAAUCCUGGGUUAAAACGUUCACGCUAUCCUAUAGUGAUGAUGGAUUUUCUUGGCAAGACGUUUUGGAAGGCGAGAUUGUUAAGAUAUUUUCAGGCAAUACAAAUGGGUAUCGCAUUGAGACUGUUACAAUAAACACAGAAGUAAAAGGCAGAUUUAUACGCAUUCAUCCCAAAACCUGGCAAAACCAUAUUUGCUUGAGGAUCGAGCUCCUAGGAUGUGAAGAAUGUGGCGAUCCUCUUGGAAUGGAGAACUACAAUAUUCCUUUGCGAAAUAUUGAAGCGUCAACAGAUUCAGGCAAUCUUCCCAGCUCUCGAUUGAACAGAUCUGGCCCUUCCAAAUAUUUUUGUAUUCUUUCAACCACGAAUGAUGACUUCCUACAAAUUAAUGUCGGUCGCGCAGCAAAGGGCAUCAGUGCUGUUGCUGUCCAGGGAAGAUUUUGCUGCGAAACCUUCAUCCAAGAGUUUCUGUUCAAGUACAGUAGAGAUGGCAUUAACUAUGUUACUUAUAAAUUCAAUGGAAAAGAUAAAAUUUUAAAGGGUCCUGUUGGAGAACAUGAAAUGAUUAGACACCGGUUUGAACGAAGAAUUGUAGCAACACACGUUAGAAUCGUGAUUUUAGAAUAUCAAGCCGCAAUAUGUCUGCAAGCGGAACUCUAUGGAUGUGAGGCAUGCAGCGAGUCACGUGGUUUCGGCCACCAUCGUAUUACGUCAUAUACACUCUCCGCGUCUUCCAAUGGAGCAUCGGUUUCAGAUGCUGAAGUUUCGUCACUUAACAGUGCCUGGUGUGCUGCUUCUGACGACUCUAACCCCUACCUGCAAGCACAGUUCACUUCAAGUCAAGUGAUAACUAAAAUCGUGACCAUGGGUCAUCCAGUCAACGGUCAAUAUGUUUCUAAAUACAAGAUAACUUACAGUACGGACGGCGUCACCUGGAAGACACAUUAUGAAGAUGAAUCAGAAACUGUUGUAUCAGAAUAUAUAAACCGAGAAAGGUCUUUAGCAGAAGGACAUUUCCACGAACUUCAGUUCCCUAUUGAAGCCAAGUACAUAAAAAUUGGUAUCAUCCCAGCUGUUGGAAGAUGCAUGAAGGUUGCUUUCUAUGGGCACGAUGUCUGUAAUUCGGAUCUUGGAAUGGAGGACUCGAGGAUUCCGGAUUCAGCGUUGACUGCAUCGUCUUCACGGGGUCAUCAAUUCUCUCCUGCUAAUGCCAGACUUAAUCAUCACCUUGGUCAAGGUGCAUGGUGCUCUAAAGAAAACACAUCAGGUCAAUAUUUACAGAUUGAUCUCGGGCUUCUCUAUCGAGUAAAAGGAGUAGCUCUACAAGCCAAAACCAAGACGCAGAGCUUGAACGAUACUAAAGCAUGGGUUAAGAAAUUUACCUUGAAAUAUAGCAGAGAUGGUGGUCAGUGGAACGAAUACUUUGAGAAUGGUAUAUUAAUGGAGUUUCCUGGAAUAACCAAAGCCUAUCAGACAGUAAAGAAAGAUCUCAAGAAUGAAGUUGUAACAAGAUUUGUCCGGAUUGUAGCAAAGGAAUGGGAAUCACGCAUUUGCAUGAGGGUAGAGCUUUACGGUUGCAAAGCUUGUUCAGAACCACUUGGAAUGGAGAAUUACCAAAUACCAGAAAGUCAGUUAGCUUCCACUCAUAAAGCCGAAACACAUGGAAGACUAGGAAACCACAGGAAAGAUAGAUGGUAUUCAGCUAACUCUGCGCCGGAGCCAUACUUCCAGAUUAAUCUUGGAAAAAAGAAAGUUGUAACCGCUGUUGCUACUCAAGGAAGAAGGACGGGCUUAUCAAUAAAAUUGCAUGAAUAUAACAUACAGUAUUCCGACGACGGAUCGAGCUGGGCAAACUACACGGAGAAUCAAGUAGUCAAGGGAUUUGCUGGUUAUACUACACAACAAGAAAUCGUUCAACAAUAUCUGCCUUACAACAUAACGACCCAGUAUAUCCGCUUCCUUCCCAAGGUGUGGGUUAAAUCUAUCGAGUUGAAGACAGAGGUUUAUGGAUGUGAAGUAAGUCCAUAACCUAAAUUGAUGGAUCAACAAAAACAAAACCGAUCACCACUACUGAAUAACGAAUAACGGAACCGGAAGCACCUGCAUGUAACUACAAGUUCUAUCAAUAAGCCACAUUCGAGUUAUUAAACUUCUAUCACGAUACUGAGGGUCUCUGGAACAAAAUGUUCAAAAUUGCAUUACAUCUCAAUAGGAUUAGUAGCCGUAUAGUGCUGUAGAUUCGGUUAUAACGUUCUUAAAUUAGUGAACUUCUAGUUCUCUAAUUAUUGCCGAAAGGUAGUGACAUCGUAUAUGGUACAUUAUUUUAUUCCUAACAAUAAAUGUAUUUCGUGAUCCAUAUUUGUACCAUACGACUAAAGCCUCGCUAUCAAGCCUGAACUUUAAGAUAUCGAACGUGGUCUAUUUUUGACUUAUUUUCAAAAACAGUUAAAUUUGCAUGUGUCCAAAUAAAAGGAAAAGUGAUUCUAACACCACGUACACAAAUAUCCGGAUAUUUUUAAAAGCGGAAUUUUUACAAACCCCUUUUUCAAAACGCUUUCGUCUACGCGUAAUCGUUUUCAAAAAGUCGCGUUCACAAGGCCAUUCCACAAAAACGAAAAAAAACCUCCAGUUUGAAUGCUCUGUCACGGUUACAAUCGAUUCCGAAUGGAGUUAUUUUGAAUAUUCAUGUGUUCCAGUGAAGGUCCGUGGAAUUUCAAAGUGUUUGUAUUGCUGAAGUUCUGUAUUCUUUAUUUCACCGUUGGUAUUUUUGAAUAUUAGUACACUGUAAUGAGGCUAACUUUGUAUAAAUGAGUCUGUAAUCAACGAGCACAGCGGUAUUUGACUUAAUCCAAAACGGUCUUUUCCGUCUAAUACCCGGACAGGUGUGCACGGGGCGUAAUUUGUAUGUUAAUAUUUAAUAGCUUAAGUUUUUUUCUUACUUUUGUUAUUUGCAUGCGUAACUUACUGACAAGAGUUGCUUUCGAUCAUCUUGGUUUAAAAGCGACUAUUCCAUAUCUAUAGCGAUAUUGCCAUGUCCGUGUCAUGUCACUGCUUCGAGAAUCCGUGACACUGAAAAAUAUCAACUCCCCAUAUCUAGAUAUUUAAUUGGCUAAAAACAAUCGUUUUCAUUGGUUAAUGACAAGAUUGUUCUGUUUGGACGAUCAAUUGAAACACCCUAUAUAAUCGGCUAAUAAAUACAAUCCUUAAAAUGAAAAGGAUAAUUCAUCUUGGAUAUAAAUCAAAGACUAUACUUAUUCAUUUCUUAUUUAAUUUCUUUGAAAUAGGAAUGAAUAAUCAGAAAAGCGAAGUUCUUGAGUUUUAUAACAAAACUUUUGAGUUGCAUGAUAAACCUUAAUUAAUUAUUAUUAAUAAACGAUAUUAAUGCAUGAAAACUAUACCACGUGACAACUUUGCUUCAAUCAAGAAAGCAAAAGAAAAAAGCUCAAAUAAAAUAUAAAAAUCACACACGAAAAACUUGAACUCGUUGAUGUGCAAAGAAAUCCUUAUGUACGAUCUAUCAGGCAUAAUAAAUUUCUAU